AUGGACGACGGCACGGCCACCGACUGGAACAGGACUGCUUACAUAGCAGAGCAACGCUCCCCCAGCUCCACUACCACCACCAUUGCCAGCGCGGCCGCAGAGAUCGCGUAUUUCGUCGCCUACGCCCUCGCCGUCCUGUGCGCUGCCUUGGUGAUGCUCUGCGUCGUGCGCCGCAUCUGCCGCUACAAGUCGCCGCUGAGCCGCUGGUCCAGCUCGCGCUGGUCCAGCGUCCGCUACAGCGCCCGCCACAGCUUCCAGCGCAGCUUCCGGCACGCGCGCGGCAGCUCCGCGCGCUGGUCCGCCGCCGGUACCCCCACAGUGGAGCGCGUGCGCGCCCGCCACUCGACGGUGGACGUCGAGGCCGGCGUCGACCAUCUCGAGGCGCACCUGAGGCGGCUGAGCUCCGAGAAGCUUCCACCCGCGUCCUUCGACGCGCCGGUCUCGACGGAGCCCUCGCUGGCGUCCGCGAUCCUCGCGGCCUCGACCGGCGGCGCAGGUCUCUUGUCGCCGUCGUCGCUGAGGUCGAGGGCAUACGCUGACCUACGCCCGGUGGAGAGGGGCGCUUUGCCAGAGGACGACGUGGCGGCGACCACUCCUCUGUGGAGCGCGCUUGAGUGGGUCACGCACCAAGAGAGCGGCUUCGCCCUAUCCGUGCGCAGCUUCGACUCGACGUCGAGCCGCGGGCGCUCCAGCGGCUGGGCCGUCUAUGCCGGAAGCGCGGACGAAGUCUCGUCGGGCGAUGUUUCAGACGGGAUCGCCAGGGCGAGCAGCGCAGCCCCCCGGCAGCAGCGUCCGCCAUCCCGGCCGUUCGGACGCAAGUGA